AUGCCCCGUGUAAAACGAAAGACCAAGGAUGAGGACCUCAAGCGGGUCCGCGAAAACCAGCGCAAAUGUCGGCAAAGAAGGCGUGACUACGUGGCCGAACUAGAAAGCAAAAUCGCAGCUUAUGCGGAGGCUGCGGCUGAGGCUGAUAGGAGGCGACAGGCUGUGGAAGAAGAGCUUCGCAGAGAAAAUGAAGCACUGCGGACCUUGUUGGCCUCCAGUGGCCUUGGUCACAAUGUCCUGGACCAUGAUACCGCGCAGAAGCAUCAAGAAGCGAUAGUAGACGAUAUGCAAACGAGUCUCAGCUUCGCGGCAAAUACUGUGCCGACAACCCUUGAACUGCACGCUGACUCGAUGGCCCUGCAGUUGCCGAACGUUACUCCUAGCUUUGGAUGCCCCACUACGAUACGUGAAGUUGCGGAUACUGGACUUGUGGCGCGUUCGAGCGUAGAUUUUACGUCCUCGCAAUCUGUAGAUCUUAUCAAUCUUCUGGACUUUCCGGUACACCCUCUACACGCACCGACCGUACCGGAGAGAGAAUCGCAAACACGUCUAUUUGAGCUCCUGCCUCCGACUAACCAAAGUACAACCGGUCUGGAUAUCACCUUAGGAUUAGUUGAUCCUAUUCUACAUGACACGACGCUCUGCUCUGUUGCCAUUCAGAUUGUCCGUCAAUGUAAUAAGAAGGCUCUAAGCAUGGUGGAGCUGGACGCUAAGCUCCGGCAGGGGUAUAGGAAUGCUAUGUCUCCUCUGGAAGGUUGUAGGGUCACUAACUGGGUUUUACUGUCUGUCUUAGCCGAAAUUAUACAAUAG